AUGUUGGUUCCUCCAUGGCUCAAACCACUUCUCAACACACCGUUCUUCAAUGUCUGUCCGAUUCACCGCGACGCUGCGAGAAGCGAAUGUAACAUGUUUUGUUUGGAUUGUAACAUUGACGCCUUUUGCUUCUACUGUCGUUCUUCCAAACACAAAGAUCAUCAAGUCAUUCAGAUAAGGAGAUCUUCGUAUCACGAUGUAGUGAGAGUCGGUGAAAUUCAUAAAAUGUUGGAUAUUACUGGAGUUCAAACGUAUGUCAUUAAUAGUGCUAGAGUUUUGUUCCUGAAUCAAAGGCCACAACCAAAAUCUGGAAAAACAGGAGCUUAUAUUUGUGAGAUUUGUGGAAGAAGUCUCUUAGACCAUGUUCGUUUCUGUUCUUUGGGAUGUAAGCUUGUAGGAAUAAAGAGAAAUGGGAAUGCAAGCUUUGUUUUAGAUGCUAAUAACAAUGGAGUAUCAACAAUGGGAGAAGGGAUGUCAAGAAGAUCAAUCUCUUCAAGACAAGAAGAAGAAGAAUUGCAUGAAGGCUCACAACAAGGCAUGUAUCAAGUGACACCUCCUUCAAAUGCAAGAAGAAGAAAAGGAAUACCUCAUAGAGCUCCUUUUGGAUCCUAA